GGAAGCAAUUCGGGAAGCUGGUGAUUGAGUUCGGAAAGACCUCUGGAAGCAAACUGUGAUGUAGUUAUCAUUGCCAGACGUUAGCUUUCUUCUGUGACAGUGUUCAUUAUGAGGAACGUAAUGGACACGAUGAAGCGGUACAUGUCAGAGCAGCCUGAAUGUGUAGUCGCACCUUCCCUGUGCCAGGUAAUCCGUUUGCCUCCAUGUCGCAACCGCUCUGAGUUGACUCCAAAGCCUCUGAAAUUCAUCACCACCACUCCCUAGCUUUCAGGCCACCAGCUCGUUUAUCGUUUCAUAUCCAAGGAUAGUUGGACCCUCAUUGCUUGUUUAGAUAGCGCAUCAUACUCGACUCGGCGAAAUGGAUGUCGAUAUUCUCACCCUAUAUGGACCUGGGAUGUCCUUUUAUCGGUCGCAGAUUCAGUUGUCGUCUUCGAAAGAGAAUGGCAGCUGGGUGUACAUUGUGUCUGCGGCACCAAUACUGAUGUCUAUUCAGAGAUACUCCUCGGCUCUUGAGUCGUUGAAUGUCAGCAAUCAGAACCUGGACCAUAAAAUGAGCAUGCUACGCUCCAAUGUAUUCCGACUCAAAACCGAUUUGUCAAAGCUCCAGCGCCACGUUAGGGCGUUUCACAAUGAGCUCUUGACCACAUGGCAGGCUGACACGCUUACCCGGCUGGUUGAAGUUGUCUACGAGCGACAAAAUUGGAAGCUACCAGGAGGGGUCGCUGUCGGUGAUCACAUCCAUUUGAGCCGCGAGAGACAGUCACGCAUCUUGGCCACUGCUGCGAGGAGGAUCAGAAAGCCGAUACUCAGAAAGAAUUUUGGGCUCUCGGUGCAGUACUACUCGGCUCUACAGAGAUACGACGAGAUUGUCCAUCUGCGCAGUACGAACGCUUUUCGGACGGAAUGCACGUUUGCUCGAAGACUAGUUUCAGAAAAGGAGAAUCACUGGGGCAUGUAUCGAUUUUGGGGGGCACUGUUUCCUCUCUGCUAUAGUCGGUCUGUGGAGGAGAGCGCCGAAAUAUUCUGA